AUGCUGCAUGACGUGAGGAUAGUUAAGGCGCUGCGUAAACAGGAUAUGGAGCAUCGUAAUGUAUCAUGGAUACUUGGUCAGGAUGGUGUAUAGGAGUACUGGAUAUAAAUGAUCCGUGUUAUAUCGUUACCAGCUCACGCGGGCGAAAUAUUGUAGUAGACUGUGACUUGACAAUCAAGGUGUUUGACAACAGAGGCAAGUUUGAGAAAUGUUUCAGAAUUCCAGCUCUUCUUGCUGACAAUGAAAAUACAAGAAACAGUCUUUAA